GCUUUGCUGGUGUGGGCGUCCUGGGUGAAAACAACCUGCCCAGCGUGACCGGGUCUGGCAGGGGCGCCGGCUGAACUUGGAAGUGAGCGCAGGUCGGCGGCCGCGGAGGGGACCGAAGGAGGAAGCGGAGCGGGAGCGGGAGGCGGAGCCGGGGGAGCUGCUCUCGUAGCUCCCCCUGGCCUCAGGCCCAGCUGCUCGAGGGGAGGAGUUUCCGCCGCGGCUCGGUACAUUGCCUUCACCGCGUCUGCCCAGCCGGCAUCAGAUCUUACCGUGAUGGCUGUGACCUAAAAUCCUCAGGAAGCCCCCGGGGUCAUGGCCCAGAAGCACCCCGGAGAAGGAGGGUUAUGUGGAGCUCACCACAGCGGUGGUGCUUUCUUCAGGACAUCUGGACCCUCUGUGGACCCUGAAAUACUUUCAUUCUCAGGACUCAGGGACUCAGCAGGGACUGCUCCCAAUGGUACCGGCUGCCUCACAGAGCACUCCGGUCCUAAGUACACACAGCCCCCAAACCCAGCCCACUGGUCGGAUCCAAGCCAUGGUCCCCCAAGGGGUCCAGGACCACCUAGAGAAGAAGACCCUGAACAGAGUGAGGCGUCUUCAGAAGAGGGAUCAGGAGGGGACCAGGAACUCUCAGAGAACGAGGCUGGGUACCAAGAGGAUGGGAACCCUUGUUUUUCCAUUCCAUCUGCUUGUAACUGCCAGGGAACUCCUGGACUCCCUGAAGGGCCUUACUCUGAGGGAGGAGAUGGCUCUUCUAGCAACUUUUGCCACCACUGUACCUCUCCAACCUUGGUGGAAGAUGAAGAGUUGGAAGAAGAGUAUGAUGAUGAUGAACCUCUUAAAUUCCCCAAUGAUUUUUCACGUGUGCCCAGUGGAAAGAAACUCCCACCCCGGAGGCAGAGGCACCGGUUUCUGACCAAGGAGGAUACUCGGGAAGGUGGACGAAGAGAUCCCAGGUCCCCUGGUCGACAUCGUCUGGGCCGGAAACGAAGUCAAGCUGAUAAGCGCAGAGGCCUGGGAUUGUGGGGGGCAGAGGAGCUAUGUCAGCUUGGACAGGCAGGCUUCUGGUGGCUGAUUGAACUGCUGGUGUUGGUGGGGGAGUAUGUGGAAAUGUGUGGCCAUCUCAUUUAUGCAUGCAGGCAGCUGAAAGGCAGUGAUCUGGACCUUUUUCGAGUCUGGGUGGGAGUCUGGGCAGGGAGACUGAGGGGCUGGGGACAUGUGGUGUUCCAGUGUCUCAGUCAGGGGUUUUCUUGUGGGGCAGGACUGUUCACCCGUUUUCUUAGGCUGCUGGGUGCUUUCCUGCUCCUGGCUCUUGCCCUCUUUUUGGGUUGUCUGCAGUUGGGCUGGCGGUUUGUGGUGGGACUGGGUGACUGGUUAGGCUGGAGGGAUAAGGUCACUUGGCUCUUCUCUUGGCUGGACUCUCCAGCCUUGCAGCGUUGCUUGACUCUGCUGAGAGAGAGCAGGCCAUGGAAGCAGCUGGUAAGAUUAGUUCACUGGACUUGGCUGGAAUUGCCUUGGGUCAAGCAGAGGGCUGAUAGACAGGGUAAUGCACCUGUGGCUAGUGGACGCUACUGCCAGCCGGAAGAGGAAGUGGUUCGACUUUUGACCAUGGCUGGUGUUCCUGAAGAUGAACUAAACCCUUUCCAUGUGCUGGGGGUUGAAACCACAGCAUCAGAUCUUGAACUAAAGAAGGCCUAUAGGCAGCUGGCAGUGAUGGUUCAUCCUGAUAAAAAUCAUCAUCCUCGGGCUGAAGAGGCCUUCAAGGUUUUGCACGCAGCUUGGGACAUUGUCAGCAAUCCUGAAAGGCGAAAGGAAUAUGAGAUGAAACGAAUGGCAGAGAAUGAACUGAGCCGGUCAGUGAAUGAGUUUUUGUCCAAGCUGCAAGAUGACCUCAAGGAGGCAAUGAAUACUAUGAUGUGUAGCCGAUGUCAAGGAAAGCAUAGGAGGUUUGAAAUGGACAGGGAACCUAAGAGUGCUAGAUACUGUGCUGAGUGUAACAGGCUGCAUCCUGCUGAGGAAGGUGACUUUUGGGCAGAAUCAAGUAUGUUGGGCCUCAAGAUUACCUACUUUGCACUAAUGGGUGGAAAAGUUUAUGAUAUCACAGAAUGGGCUGGAUGUCAGCGUGUGGGAAUCUCACCAGAUACCCAUAGAGUUCCUUAUCACAUCUCAUUUGGUUCUCGGGUGCCAGGCACCAGUGGUCGGCAGAGAGCCACCCCGGAAGCCCCUCCUGCUGAUCUUCAGGAUUUCUUGAGUCGAAUCUUUCAAGUACCCCCAGGGCAAAUGUCCAAUGGGAACUUCUUUGCAGCUCCUCAUCCUGGCCCUGGGGCCACUGCAGCCUCCAAGCCCAGUAGCACUGUACCCAAGGGAGAAGCCAAACCGAAGCGGAGGAAGAAAGUGAGGAGGCCCUUCCAACAUUGACACCCCUUCUCUUCUUUCCUCAAAUCAAUGUCAGGGAGUCAAAAGGGCUGUGUACAGCACAGGAUGGAGUUUGAUUUGUUUAUUUUUAAAUAUUUUAAAAAGGGAAAAUUUAAAUUCUUCUCUCAGUACCCAUUGGAAAUCCCUGAAGCACUCUCCCUCCUUUCCAGCACCCAGGAGCUGAAUCUUGUCUUCUGACAAUACCAAAGAAAUAGGUAGGGGUGGCUAGAGUAAAGAACAUAGGUCCUGGACCUAAGCUGGACAAUAGAUUCCUAUGUGGUGUGGGAACUGGGUGUUCCCUAGGAUCUGUAUGCCUUUAUCUUACCAUUUGCUCCUAGAGCAAAUGACACACACACCCCUUUUUAAACUGAGUGUAUCUAAUUUUAGCCCAUUUCAGGGGUUGCCCCCUUAUCCUGAUAUUCUAGCUAAAAGAAUCAGAAAGCAUGUAGCCCUAAUUUUGGAGAUGCAGAGUUCAGUGUGGAAACAGAACGUUUCCUCUGAAUUUCACCUUAUGGGUAAAUUAAUCUAAUUUCAGGCUUGUUGCAAGGACGGCCAAAAUUAAUAAUUUCUAAAAAGCAGACUCAUGCCCUCUGUCCUUGGGUGAGGGGGAAGGAUAGGAGGCUACUAGAAGCCCCCUUGUGAUCCAAGGGUUUGUAUUUUUUUAAGUUUGUUCAUAUUUGUAUGUACAUAUCUAUUUAAAGCCAGGGGAUUAUCUUUCUAUAAAUAUAUAACUGGCAAGUUA